ACUGAGUUUUUUGCCGUGUAUAAAGAGGGAUUUAUUGGUGAUAUUAUGGCGACACGCGUGCUGUUAGUGUUGAUGCUGUCACCUGUGUGUGUGAUGGGACAUUUCAUGUCAUGUCCUCGUGGUUGUGAAUGUUCUCAGUGGAAAUCCUUCUCUGUCUCAUGCACGGACAUUGAUGUUAUUCCCACGUUUCCGGCAAUAACAGAAGCAAUAAACUUCUAUGAGACAAGUUUGACCACAGUUCCUCAAGAUGCCUUUGCAAAUUUGGUGAAUAUCUCAAGAAUCUAUCUUUCGGUGGAUGUCUUUCUGAGCAGGUUAGAGAAGCAUGCCUUCUACAACCUGAGGAAAAUAACCCAUAUAGAAAUCAGAAACACAAGAAAUCUGACAUUCAUCCAUCCAGAAGCUUUUAAGAAUCUUCCUGCCUUACAGUAUUUGGGUUUAUUCAACACGGGCCUCAACAUCUUCCCUGACCUGAGCAACAUCCAGGCUGAGGAUUCAUACUUCUUGCUAGAGAUUAGCGAUAAUCCCUACAUUGCAGAAAUUCCAGCUAAUGCUUUCCUUGGGAUUACCAAUGAUGUCCUUACAGUGAGGCUGUACAGUAAUGGCUUUACAGAAAUCCAUAAUCAUGCUUUCAAUGGGACAAGACUGGACUCAGUGUACCUGCACAGAAAUAAACAGCUGACGAGGUUGGAUGAGAAAAUGUUUGCAGGAACCAGCAAUGGCCCAAUGCUUCUGGAUGUUUCCGAAUCAGCCAUCACUUCCCUCCCAAGCAGAGGCUUAGAGUCGCUUCGAGAACUCUGCGCUCGGAACGUCUGGACACUAAAAAAACUACCACCAAUCAAAACCUUCAGACACCUGGUUACAGCAGACCUGACGUAUCCCAGCCACUGCUGUGCAUUUAAAAACCUGAAGAAGAAAAGGGGGUUCUUAGAAGACAUCAUUUGUAACCUGACUGCAAGGUAUAAUCAACUUCAAAAACGAUCUGUGGGUUCUUUUACGAUUCCUGGCCUACACAGCAGUGUUGAACCUGGAUUCGACUCGGACGAUACCCUCUUCAGGGACACCUACGACCACCAGGACUUUUACAGCAGCCUACAUUACCACACCUACUUCGGCGGGCACCCAGAUGACGACAUAGGUUUCGGGGAGACGCUGAAAAACCCCCAGGAGGAGGACAGUCACGAUUUCAACAGUCGUUACGACUACAUCGUGUGCGAGGAGGGUGAGGAGGUCGCCUGUUAUCCCGCUCCCGAUGAUUUCAACCCUUGCGAGGACAUCAUGGGCUUCAGCUUUCUGAGAGUGUCCGUAUGGUUCGUCAGCUUGCUGGCUGUGGUGGGGAACCUGCUGGUACUGUUGGUGCUGCUCACCAGCCACUACAAACUAUCAGUCUCGCGAUUUUUAAUGUGCCAUCUGGCCUUCGCUGACCUGUGCAUGGGCAUUUACCUACUGCUCAUCGCCUCCGUCGACCUUCACACUCGUUCCGAAUACUACAAUCACGCCAUUGAUUGGCAGACAGGUCCGGGUUGCAACCUGGCUGGGUUCUUUUCCGUGUUUGCCAGUGAGUUGUCGGUCUACACAUUGACCACCAUCACCCUGGAGCGCUGGUACGCCAUCACCUUUGCCAUGCGGCUGGACCGCAAGUUGCGACUGUCCCAUGCCACAGUCAUCAUGGCAAUUGGUUGGCUAUUCUGCCUUCUGCUGGCCCUCAUGCCUCUUGUCGGUGUCAGCAGCUACCAGAAAGUGAGCAUUUGUCUGCCUAUGGACACCCAGACUUCUGUGGAUCAGGUCUACAUCCUAUUUGUUCUUGUACUUAACAUCCUGGCUUUUGUGGUCAUUUGUGGAUGUUACAUCAAGAUCUAUUGUUCUGUGCACAACCCCAAUCAUCGUUCCGCCAACAAAGACGCCAGCAUUGCCAAGCGUAUGGCCGUGCUCAUCUUCACUGACUUUCUCUGCAUGGCACCCAUAUCGUUGUAUGCCAUGACGGCUGCGUUGGACCGCCCGCUCAUCACCGUUUCAAACUCCAAGAUCCUGUUAGUGCUCUUUUACCCGCUGAACUCUUGCGCAAACCCUUUCCUCUAUGCCAUCUUCACCAAGGCCUUCCAAGGUGACGUCUUUAUUCUGCUCAGCAAAGUGGGUCUCUGUCAACAACGGGCUCAGCUGUACAGAGGUCAGACCUUAUCCUUCAAGGCAAGCAGCAGACAGGAGAGGGAGCAGGCAGGAGCUAAGGAAACCCACAUCAUCCUGUUGAAUUACCCAGGAAAUGUGCAAGUCACACAACAGCAAGACGAGAGUGAUGGGUAGGACACGUCACGUGGGCCCUGUAGACGGUUUCAGCAGUAACAACAAACAAACGGCUUUUGUGGAACACACGUAACUUACUGUAAACUCCGCAAAAGUCCUUUUAGUAGUUUAUUUCUGAUAACAAGCUAAAUAAGUGGAUUACCUUAGUUCAUAUCACAGCUAAAGUGUAUCAAAACUACACUGAGCUAACGUUACUGUGUAAAAUGUGUACUAUAUAAUUUAUACACUGUUAACUACAGAUCGGCGCCAAACUUCCCAUCAAAUAGCGGUGAUCCAUGAUCGCCGUUUUUCCUCGUCUUUAGGAAGCCAAAAGAUUUGUUAUUUUUGAUGAGGUAUUUGUUCCAGAGUUCAGUUUAGACACUAGUCAAACCAUUAAACAAUCAGAGACCAGAAGUUAAGUUUAGGCCAGAUGCGUAAUCGCAUCACCUCAUGUGCGUCUGAUGAAACCGUCUAUAGGACACAAGACAAAACAACUGGAAUGUACUUUUGGAGGAUUGGAGUCAAUGCAAUGUAUAGAAAAGAUGACAGUAGUGCUAUAUUUUGUUAAUGUGUACUUAUAUUAUCUAGGGUGACCUAUAUGCCAUUCUUCCCUGUCCAGGAUUUCAUGUGCGUCUUCUGGAAGUCGUAUUUGUCGACCGCAUACGUCAUAGAGGAUUAUUAUUAUUAUUACAGAAAAGCAACCGUUCCAUUUUAAGUUAAGAAUGAAACUACGAUUGUAUGUCUUAUGUUUUUAACUGAAUGGUGUAUGCGGUCAACAAAUACAACUUCCAAAAGACACACCGAAAUCCUAGCCAGGACGCGUCCGGGAAGAAUGGCACGUAUGGUCACCCUAUAUUAUCCCAGAUGUUUUCAAGAAUGUUUGAAUUCAGAGAAUUCAUGGUUUUUAAGCAGCGCUCCACCCCUGUUCAUAGGGUCGCUUGCUAAUUGUGUCAUGUCCGGCUCUCUUUUGCUGCUGUAUAAACCACAGGUGUGUUUGACUUUAUGUGGCACUGCGCAGACCGAUUGAUGUGUGACAACAAAGUAUCACAAGUCCGACUCUGUUGUUGUUGCUUCUUCUCUCAAGCCACACUGUGGGAUUACACUAUGUUACUGUAUUUCAUUACAUCAUUCAUGAACAUGACAUCGUUCUACCACUGAGGUGGGUGAUGGUUGUUGUUUAGCAACCUCUAGUGGCAAAAAUGACAUAUUGUAACACUAUGUAGUUUUUUUACCUUUAAAUAAUGUCUCUAAAAUUAUUUCAGUGAUAGAACAACUUUUAACUGGACAAAUUGUACUGUUGCUGCAACCUGAGCAGCCUCCUAGCUGCUACAAGCACACUCUGAAAGUGGCGGUGGAGGGUAGGAAACACAGCCUCGCCCCUCCCCCUGCUUGCAGAAGAGUGUCUGAUACCAGACACUGUUGCGCUUUUCAACCACAUGGGGGAGCUGUAAGUCUUUUUUACAUGGAAACUACAUAGUGUUGCUUUAAACCCAAUUCUGAUAACUUGUUGGUGUAAAGACAAGCAUAGGGAAAUUGUCGAGUUACAUUUGUUUGUAUAGUGCUUUUUGUGUUUCAUAUCUUCAAAGCAGCUUUUUAAGAAAAUGAUAUGCUAUGCUGUCAUUUGCAUAGUUUAAAUCAUUUAUUAAACCAUUCAUACGUAUAUGGAUGUAUUUGAUUUAAUACAGUACUUUUUGUAAAUUAUGUUUUAACGCAGAAAUUUGUUCUGCUUGUGUUUAUUAAUGAAGUCUGGUGUUUAUAAUGUCUAUGUUGGAGAGCCUCACAUUCCUACAUCAUGAGCCUGUGUGUAGACCAUUUAGUUGUGUAUGAUAUGUACUUGUUGUUGAAAAUCUCAUUAAAUGUAAUAUUAAAUGUAUUUUUCAUAUAAAAAUUGUAACAAUUUGUAGUAAGGUUUCAUUAACAUUAGUUAACCACUAGUUGGCACGAAUCAACAAUGAACAAUUCUUUUACCGUAUUUAUUAAUUUUAGUGUUAAAGGGACAGUUCACCCAAAAAUUAAAAUUCUGUCAUUAUUUUCUCAUCCUCGUGUUGUUUUAAACCUGUAUGAAUUUCUUUUGUCUGAUAAACACAAAAGAAGAUAUUUUGAUUAAUAAUGGUAACCAUUGACUUCCAUAGUAGGAAAACAAAUACAAUGGUAUUCAAUGAGAACCAUCAACUGUGUGCUUAUCAUCAUUUAUCAAAAUAUCUUCUUCAUCAUUUAUCACAAUACUUACAUAAUAUUUGUUUUCCUACUAUGGAAGUGUGGGAAAAUAACUUUAAGUCAUUGUCUUUAUCUUAUAUGUAUAUGUUCAUCAUGUAUUAAAGUAACACUGUCCUUUAAAUGAUAAUGUAAGUGGGUUCCUGCAAGUUCCUGUCUCAUCUUAAUAUGAAAGAAAUUGGCCGGUAACUGUGGCCCUGGUUCCCUUUGUUCCAAUGUUUGAGUGGGUGGCAGGGUGGCAAUACGUGCCAUUCUCGUUGGACAUGUCUAUGUCCUCCGGAAGUCGUAUUGUUCGACUGCAUACGUCGUCAGGGAUCUCACAUUUCAGUUAAAAACAUUAAGAUUUAUUUCUCUUAAGACAUACAAUCAUUAUAGUUGUAUUCUUACCUUGAAAUGUAACAGUUGCUUUUUUGAAAUAGAACCUGAAACCUGAGGUUGACCAAUGCGAUUUCAGGAGGACGCACCCCGAAAUCUUGUCCAGGACGGAUCCGGUGAAAAUGGCACGUAUGGCCACCCUACUUGGUGGCCAUUUGCUUAAGCUUGGGCCAAGGGUCUGAGUCAAAGGUGUGAACCCAUUUCUAUGAUAAUGAAAUGGUCUGAGUAAGACAGUGGGUGUGAUAGUAAUGUUGAUUGGGAUUAAAGGUUGGAAUGGGAUUGGGAAUGGCAGGGUUACUUCCUUUUAAUGCUUUGUUUAAAGUGAAGUGCUUUGUUUUCCAUUUAGGGGACUGCCCCCUAAAAUCUGUAUAAAUGCAAUGUAGUGCUACUGUAAGUCUUGGUGGCUGCAGCGCCCCGAUCUCUGUGCUCUGAUUUGAAGAUCGCUUUCUGCAAUAAAGACUACUGUUCGAGGAAAUCCAAGUCUCCUGGUCUUCGCUAAAAAAGGUUUCCAACCAAAGUCAAUGGUUACAAUCAGCUUUGUGCUUACCAUCAUU